GUCACUACUCUUUCUCCCACCUAGCCUCCUCUUCCCCUACCCGACUCCACCCCACUGCUCCACCUCGCCUCUUGCUGCCACCACCGGGGCCGGUGGCAUCUGCCUCCGCCCCGCCGCGGCCGCGGCCGCACUUCCGCCGCGGCGCGGCACGGCCUCCCCUGCUCGGCUGUCGGCCGCGGCGCGGGGAGAUCAGAUUGCCGGAGAGGAGGGCGGAUAGGAGCGCGAGCGCAGAUGGGGGCGCUGCCCAUGGAGGAGGAUGCCUCCGAGCCGGAGUUGUCUCCAGCGGUCGAUGUCUCCGCGGAGGGGACCCUGGUGUGGCUGCGCCGCCCCAACGGCACCUGGUGGCCCAGCAUCGUCAUCUCGCCGCAGGACGUUCCCAGCAACUGCGCCACUCUGCCGCGCUGCGCCGCCACCCCCAUCAUGCUCCUCGGACGCCGCCGCGACGGGCAAACCUACGUCGACUGGUGUAACCUCGACCGGUGCAAGCGCGUCAAGCCCUUCCGCUGUGGGGAGCCCGUGUUCGAAGAGCGCAUCACCAACGUCCUCGCGGCAACCGGCAACAAGACCAGCUGGAACUCCAACAAGGGCAGGUACGCUCGCAUGGAGGACGCCAUUCUCCAGGCCCUCGACAUUGAGAGGGAGCGCAAACUGGAGCCAACAAGCAAGACCUACCUUCAUGGUGGUACCUGCUCGCCCGACCCCAAAAUUGAAAUCCCCAACGGACAAGUCAAAGAUGCUGCAGCAAGUGAUCCUUCUACUGACAACCAGCCGCCGCCGCCACUGCCUCCGCCCAAGACCAAGAGGAAGCGCAAGACGCCCUAUGACUCCGAGGACGAUGUGCCCAAAGGAGGGUCCCGCCGUAUGAGGGACCUCAGGGAUAUUGGAUCCAAAACUGUUCCCCCAACGGACUUCCCCCAUGCCCGCACAAUCUCUGCUCCCAAGUAUGAUGAUCUGCCUAAUGUUGACCGGGUGGAAACAAGUAUGCUGUCUCCUGCCUCCACAAAGAGGAAGCAUGCAGCUGUGCAUCAGGACCAGCCCUGUGGAAUCCCCAGGAAGAAGGAUAGGUCCCGACCUCUAUCAGAGCUUUGCAAUGGAGACAUUUGGGAUGGUUCCAGAUCAAAUGGCCACAAUGCCAAUGAAAAUUUCUUGAGUGUGCCUACUUGUUCAAGCACCUCUUCUGGCACUUCGACCUUGGAUUCUUCGUUGGACCUGACCAGCUGCCAUCGCCAUGCCGCAUUCAAAACAGAUCAAGCAAAGGGCACUGAGACAUCCUGCAUGACCAGGUUACUCACUGAUGAUUUCCAUCAUGGGGGUGAUUUAGUCGAAACUCCACUUGCUGGACGAAGUAUCUUGGAACCAGAUCAUUUGCAGAAAUAUCAACUUUGUGGGUCGGCAAAGCACCCUACCUGGAAACAUAAUAAGCAAGCUGAUGACUGCAGCAAAGCUGUGAAAUGCGACCGCAAAAAUAUUAAGAUGAGAACCAUAAGCUCUGUUGAUCAGGAGGUCAACAACAGGACAAGAGACUCUGAUAAGCACGAACACCACAAAGCAAAGACAGUAAAACACAAAGCACCAAGAGAUGAGGCUGUCCUUUUGGAGAAAAGGCUGGACAAGCAUUCUUUGAACAAGACCUCUGGUGCUGAUGGUAAACUACAUCUUGCUGUGAUUCCUACAGAUUUAGAUUGUAUUGGUGCAGUUGAGCAGCAACGUUCUAAAAGCAAGCAUGAUCCUGAAGAGUCAUCAGAAACCAUGAGCAAUCGUUCGAAUUGUGAUAGUGGUUCAAUAACAUCUCUGAUGUUUGAGCUGCCGCUACAGGUACUGCCACCCCAAAAGAAAGCAUGGGAUCUUGAAAGAUGCCAUGCCGUGAAGCCAAUCAAGACACUGCAUUUGAAUCCCAUCCUUUAUGAUGUGGAGUUGAGUGUCCUGGGGAGCAGCAACAUGGGGCGUCGGGUGCCCCUCGUUUCUCUUAUGAGUAAAUGGAACCGUAAGCCCGUUGUGGGGUAUCCAGUCUCUGUGGAGGUCUGCUAUGAUGUGUUUGACCAUCCUUUAUCAAGUAGAGAUGACCAGCAUCCAGUGACAAGCAGUGUGGAUGGAAUGAUACUGAAGAGGGACGAAACGGAGGGCCUGCAGUACCUUGUGCCACCACCGCCACAGGCAUGCCGGGCAAAAUCCAAAAACCGCAGCAGAAAGACCUCAAAGAAAGAAGUGGACAAGUUAUGGCAGCCGCAUACGAAAAAGCCAGCAUCCUCAUCAAGAAAGAUGCGGAGGCUUUCCUCUUUUGCUUCGGGUCAAAGAGAUGGCGGCGACAGGAAGUCGGCAGUGGGGAAUGUCUCGGGAGCAACUGUCGCAUGCAUCCCUCUCCGAGUUGUUUUCAGUAGGAUUAAUGAAGCCCUAAGCUUCCCAGUUAAAUGAGGAUGCCCAGGCUGAGUGGGCUGCCUGGGGGAGUCGAGGGGGCCUCUGGUCCUAGGUGUUGCUGUUGUGGCCUUAGCGUUGGGAAAAUGCUAGUAUGGCCUAGUAUAGUAUGGUGAUGGAUGUAUCAUGUGGAUGUGUUUUGAGCCACAUCACAUUAGAUGUUGUAGAUGGGCUUGUGCUGCGGCGCCCUUGCCAGCAACAAUAUUUGAUGAUGGGCACAUGAUCUGACGGUGGAAGCAGAUAACUAGUGUAGUGUUUUGAAAUCUGCUUUUAGUGUUUUGGUGAUGCAACGCUGUGCUGUACUUAUUGGAACAGUUGCUCUGACCUCUGAGCCUUCCUGUGCCGUAAUGCCGUUGCAGCCAAGCUGCACUGUUUGGGAAA